CGCUGCGAGCGAGCGAGCGAGCGAGCGCGGCGAGCACCAGCAUGGCGGGGCUCCGGCGGCCGCAGCCCGGCGCCUCCCGCCGCACGGCCGCUGCGGCGAACCUUCUGCUGGGCGUCUUCCAGGUCCUGCUGUCCUGCUGCCGUCCGGGAGGGGCUCAGGGACAAGCGAUUGAGCCCUUGCCGAACGUGGUGGAGCUGUGGCAGGCUGAAGAAGGGGAACUCCUGCUGCCCACUCAGGGUGACUCUGAAGAGGACAUGGAGGAGCCUUCUCAAGAACAGAGCUUCUCAGAGAAACUAUUUACUGGAAAAGGCUUACAUUUCCAGCCGUCAGUUCUAGAUUUUGGAAUACAGUCCCUGGGGCAUCCUGCAGCGAAGCUUCUCUACGCAUACAACCCCAGCAGGGACAGCGAGGUUGUGGUGAACUCGGUGUUUACAGCUGCUAGACACUUUCAUGUUCCACCUGUCCAUUGCAGGGUCGUCCCAGCAAUGGGGAGAACUUCCUUCAGGAUUAUUUUCUUACCUACUGAGGAAGGGAGCAUCGAAAGCUCUUUAUUUAUUAAUACCUCUUCACACGGAGUCCUUUCCUACCAUGUAUCUGGAGUGGGCACUCGCGGAGUCUCUACAGAAGGGUCUGCUGAGCAGCUGCCCAACGCGUAUUUUCUGCUUCCGCAGGUCCAGAGCAUCCAGCUCUCACAGACCCAGGCAGAAACCACUAAUGCUACCCUCCUGCGGGUGCAGCUGGAAUGCAGUUUACAUAACAAAGUGUGUCAGCAGCUAAAGAGUUGCUAUCUGGGGCCUGGCAACGCUUUACCCUUGGAGAUGAGCAUAGUGGUCGCUGUGGAAAACUCCUCGAGGCAGCCUGAAGAGAGCACGCAAGCCCUCUUAGAUCACCUCUCUAUUGUUUACGUAGCUACUGCUGAGUCCGAGAGCACAGACGAAUCUGCAGUCAAUAUGUAUGUGCUGCAUUCAGGAAACAGCCUUAUUUGGAUACAGGAUAUCCAUCACUUCUCGCAGAAAAAUGCCCUGUCUCUGCAGUUUGAACCGGUGCUGCUACCUACUUCCACAACAAACUUCACGAAGAUCGCUUCAUUUGUUUGCAAAGCAGGUUCCUCGUGUGACCGCGGGGCUGUGGGUGUGAGGAAAAGGACAAGCAGCCCAGCUCUGAGAGCCUGCCUCUCCUCUCCUGUGGUCCAGGGGUAUUUCAGAGUGGAUGCCUCUGCAGCCCAGUUUCACAUAGAGCGUCACGAGAACGCGACAGGAGUGUGGUCGAUAUGGUACCGCAGCCAUUUUGACCAUAGCAUCGUAUUAAAAGACGUGUCUGUUUCCAAGGAGGCCAGGCACAUUUUAAAGGUUCUGAGCUUCCCUGGCCCUUUAUUUCUACCCCCAGGCUGUUGGAAUAUAUUUUCCUUGAAACUUGCUGUUAAAGACAUUCUCCUAAAUCUGCUCACCAAUGUGUUUCUGACUACGAACACGGGCGCCAUUUUUGCGAUACCUCUGCAGAUUUUCUCGGCCCCAGCCAAGGAAGGGAGUCUGGGUUUUGAAGUGAUAGCACAUUGUGGCAUGCAUUAUUUCAUGGGAAAAUCAAAAGCAGAAACUCCUCCUUGGGAUGGAAGCCUUUCUCUGGAUCGGUCUACCUGGGACAUGGAUUCUGAACUCGCAAAUAAACUAUAUGAAAGAUGGAAGCAUUACAGAAGUGGCCAUGUUUGCAGGAGAAAUGUUUUGGGAAUGACACAGUUUGGCUCUGUGAAGAAAUCCAAGGACUCAGAACCCUUGGUUUCCUUUUUGCCCCGCUUGGUCCUAGAGCCUGGCCUCGUGUUGAACUUUGGUGCCACUGCCCUCAGGAACAGCGUGGUGAAAUACUUUGUGGUGAGGAACCCAUCCCCUGGGCCGGUUUCCCUGCAGCUCCUGCCUCUCUCCCUUUACCCGAAACCUGAAGCCGCGCUGCGCCUGCUGCACAAAUGGUUUGGCACAGAUAUGCAGAUGGUUAAUUUCACAACUGGUGAAUUCCAGCUCACCAAAGCUUGCCCUUACCAGGGUGAGCCUUCAGAGUCCGGUUUGGGCGUGCUCCAUCUGCAUCUGCAGCCUCUGGAGAUGAGAAGGGUUGGUGUCGUGUUCACACCAGUGGACUAUGGAAAAGUCACCUCCCUCAUACUGAUCCGGAAUAACUUGACUGUUCUCGACAUGGUUGCUGUGGAAGGAUUUGGAGCACAAGAGCUCUUGAAAGUGGGCGGAAGACUUCCUGGUGCAGGAGGCUCACUCCGAUUUAAGGUGCCCGAGUCCACGCUGAUGGACUGUCGUCGACAACCGAAAGACAGCAAGCAUAUCUUAUCCAUCACAAAGAACUUCAAGGUUGAGAAUAUCGGGCCUCUUCCUGUAACCGUGACAUCGCUGAAAAUCAAUGGGUAUAACUGCCAGGGCUACGGGUUCCAAGUGCUGGAUUGCCGCCCCUUUUCUCUGAGCCCGAACACAUCCCGUGACAUCAGUAUCGUGUUUACUCCGGACUUUACCUCUUCCUGGGUCAUCCGCGAGCUGAUGCUGGUGACCGCCGCAGACCUGGAGUUCCACUUCACGCUCAACGUGACUCUCCCGCAUCACAUGCUGCCCUUGUGUGCAGAGGUGGUUCCGGGUCCCAGCUGGGAGGAGUCCUUCUGGAGGCUCACCGUCUUCUUUGUCAGUUUGUCCCUGUUGGGUGUGAUCCUGAUAGCCUUCCAGCAAGCACAGUACAUUCUGAUGGAAUUCAUGAAAACAAGGCAAAGGCAGAACGGCAGCUCGUCCUCACAGCAGACUGGUGGUCCAGUGGACGUGGUCAGCUCCCACUCUCACAAAAGCAAUUGCAAGAACUUUCUUGACACGUACAACCCGUCUGAUAAAGGCAGAGGGAAGAGCUGCCUUCCGGUGGGCCCUCCCCUGAGCAGGAUCCAGAAUGCGUCCAAGAGGAGCCCAGCCACCUAUGGGCAUUCUCAGAAGAAGCAUAAGUGCUCCUUCUACUACAGCAAACAGAAACCCAGUGCCUCUGUGGCCAGCAGUGCCAACAUCGCCACUGAGGAGAAGCAGACAUUGACCCUGGCAAGCUCCCUGUCUGCUGCCAAGGAAGAUGUUUGCACCGAUGUCACGAGUGAGAACUGGGUCAGCCUCAAAUAUGCCAGUGGUGUGAAUGUCAGCUUGCAGAAGAAUUUAACCCUCCCCAGAAAUGUACUGAGCAAAGAGGAAAACUCAGUGAGAAACACAGUUGUCGAUAAUACUUCUUCAGAAUGUAGUAUGAAGGAGGGACCACAGACAUGUAUGUUUCCUAAGGAAACUGACACUAGAACUCCAGAACCCGUGGCCGAGCUCAAGGAACAAGAGCCCUGCCCACAGAAGACUUCUAAGAAGCCACCUGAAAGUCCUUUGCCCAAAAGCCCACCUCAGUACCAGCAGUCAGACAUGCCAGAAGUCUCCAGGAAACACGGGAAUAACCAGCCGGUGCCUGUCAAGACCGAAGCAGACAGCAGUGAGACUGUAAAGGGGGCUGACACAAGGCUGCCUUCCUCCAGGAGGAGUCAGAGAGCAUCUCCAGAGGGCGCCUGCUCCGAGAAGCAGGACACACCGGCACCGGAGCAGGAAGAUCCUUACAGGAGGAGGAAGCUUCAGGAGAAGAGAGAAGGAAGCACACCGGCCCUCGGUUGGAAUAAAAGCCGAACAUGUAGGAAAAACAAGAAGAGGGUCGUUGCUCAGGCCUCCAGGCCUUCUGGACAGAGUGAACCAAAACCCAUGUGCAGUGGCUUUGAGAGGCCAGAGCCCAGCGGGGACGGCAGAAGCUGGAGUGCACAGGAUAGCACGAGGGAGAUGUGCAAACCUGGCGUGGAAACUUCGGGCAGCUUCCCUGCACGGAGAGAGGAGGUGGCGCUAGUGGGAACCUCCUUGGCGCAGCACGGCCCCUCUUCCGCCUCUCCAGACAGUUACUACCAGAAAGCUGAGAAGAAGUAUGCAGACAAGUUUUGCUCGGACUCCAGCUCUGACUGUGGCAGCUCCUCGGGCAGUGUGCGGGCCAGCCGGGGCAGCUGGGGCAGCUGGAGCAGCAGCAGCUCGGACUGCGACAGGAAGCCAUUGCUGGAGGCGCAGCCCUUCCCGCCAGCGGGAGACGGUGCCUCCCCUCAGGAUUUCCCUCCGGAAGCUUCCAUCCCCUUGAACCUCGCUCACCACAUCUGCAGCCCCGCCGAUGUGAGUGGCCUGUCCCAGUUCGCAGAGUCCUCCUGUGCCAGUCUUCCUGCCGUGCCCUCAGGUGCUGGAGAAGAGAAAGGUCUGUAUCCACCUGGAGGCCUGUGGCCAUCCCAGCCCGUGUGUCUGACCAGCAGCUUCAGCUGCCCCGCAGAGAGCGAUGCGCCGGGCACAUCACAGGAGCCUGCCGCCAUCCCUGACAGCAGCUUCAUUGAUUGGAGUGCAUCCUGCGAGGGCCAGUUUCCCAACGUGUACUGCCCACUGGACCUGAACGACUACAAUGGCUUUCCAGAAGAAAACAUGAAUUACACCAAUGGCUUCCCCUGCCCCUCCAAAGCUCAGACCGACUUCGUUAGCCACAGCGCUCCCUCUACCUGGAACUCCCCAGCCGGCGACCCCACUGCCUGGGAGCACACCAGUUUCGUCAACUCUCCGUCCUACCUCACCAGCACCCGAAGUUUGUCUCCCAUGUCUGGACUUUUUGGUUCCAUCUGGGCUCCACAAAGCGACGUGUAUGAAAGUUGCUGCCCCAUCAGCCCCACCACGGAACAUUCGACCCACAUGGAAAACCAGGUCAUGUGCAAGGAGUACUACCCGGGGUUUAACCCGUUCCGUGCCUACAUGAACCUGGACAUCUGGACUAGCACUGCGAAUCGCAGCGGCAGCUUCCCCCUGUCCCGGGACUCCAGCUACUGCGGGAACGCGUGAGGGAGUUGGCUCUGAGCGGUGUGAAUAAAGGGCCUUGCGUUUGAUGCCUAGCGUAAACUGGUUGUUGAGAUAGAGUACGACAUUGGUGGAUAUUUUGGCACUUUUAUAUAAAAAAAAAUAAAUGUUUGUUUGUUUGUUUUUGUUUUUUUAAA